UUUUGCAUUUUUUGCAGGUCAAAAUAUUCACCUGUAAAAAAACACUUUCCUGCAGUUAUUUCUUGCAAGUGGUUCGAAACACUGGCUAAAUUUACUCGCCAUUUAAGAUUUAUUACAACAAUUGCACUCCAAAGUGGAUGAAUGAGAUUUCUGUCCACAUGCAUAUACCAGUAGCUGCCUACGUUUUGUGAAAAAGAAAAAUGCCAAAUUUUCAAAAUUUCCACUUUAUUUUCGUAAUUAUUUUGUCAAUCACUAUUGCAAAGAUACUUUAACAUAUUUGCGACACCGUUGAACCAAAUUGAGGAGAAUACUUUGACCCGAUAUAGAUCUCAGUUUCCUUCGUAUGACGCCAAUUUUUCUAGUAUUGCGACAAAAUGUGCUCCAACCUCGAUGUUCGCCAGUUUCAAUCCGAGUCAUCGAAGUGCCGUGGAUGAAUUGGAAGGCUUGCUGAAGGAGCGCACGGAUGUCGAGAGUUUUCUUGAUUUUUCCGACUACUGCAAAUCUCGGAGGGAAAUUCAUCCCCAGGUUUGGUACUCGGCCUUCAUCAAGGCCCAAGCGAGAGGAAAUCCGGCCCUGAUGAACCUCCGACGACCAAACUCCUUCGCCCUCCUGCCAACCCUCUUCUUCCCAGAUGCUGCCAUACAACGAGACAGGGGCAAUAAUAACAAUGGUCAUGGUCAAAGUCAAGGUCAACAAGAUCAAAGUCAAGGUCAAGGAUUCUUCCCCAAUGUUGCAACACAACGCGACCAGGGCAAUAAUAAUAAUGGUCAAGGUCAAGGCGUAGGUCAACAAAGUCAAGGAUUCUACCCCAAUGCUGCUAUACAACGUGACAGAAAUGACAAUAAUAAUGGCCAAGGUCAACCAGGUCAAGGAUUUUCCCGAGGAAAACGAAAUGUCCCGGUCAGACAUACACACGCCCAAAGACAACAACCAGAUGGAGGUGGACAGGGUCAAAGUGGUGCCAAUAAUGGAGCUCAAUCGCAAUGUUACGUCGUCGAUGAGCGCGUCGGGAUGGAUAAUGGAGUUGAAAAUUUGUUGUGGUAUUUCCGACAAGAUGUCAUGUUAAAUGGUCACCACAUGAUUUGGCACCUCUUAUUUCCGAUCAUAUCAGAAAAGCAGAUUCCUAGACGGGGAGAAUUCUUUAGCUUUUUUCAUCACGAUAUCCUCGCCAGAUAUGCCGCGGAACGGUUAUCGAACGGGUUUUCCGACUACUUCGUGACCCCGCUGACCCUGAACUACAACACGGUUUUGGAACAAGGCUUUGAUUCUCAUUUGAGGGACGGAGUCUCGACAAACUUUUGGAUCCCGAGACCUUCCAGUGUUCCUGUGAAUGAGAAAACAUUGGACAACAAUAAUUUUUCGAAACUUUUAAACUUGGCUGAUUUCUGGAAACGAGUUUUGGACCUUAUCUUGACUGGGACGAUAGUUAUCAACGGAAAGCCGGUUAAAUUGACGUACGCGGAUAACAUAAACGUGAUCGGAGAGCUGUUGGAGGCGUCGGUCUGGUCAGCAAAUCCGUCCUUUUAUGGACAAAUGGGCUGGCACAAUGAUGCUCAUCUCGUCAUAGGAAGUGUCCUCAGUAAUCAUUAUGCACCCGGCAUCUAUGGCGUCAUGUCCUCCACAGCGACGGCCAUGCGGGACGUGCUAUUUUAUCGCGUCCAUGCCGCGGCGGAUUACAUGUUCAAAACGUAUAAAGGAAUGGCACUUGAACCGUAUCAAUUAACGGGGGGCGAACACCCCCUCGUUUUCCAAGGGGUGGCAAUAACGGGGCUCUCUGUGCACGUGGAUUUGGACUCGUCACCCCUGCAAAAUCGGGACCAUGAUCCACCAGCGAAUAAUCUAAGAACGUUUUGGAACAUGCGACGCUUCCAGGGCGAGGGUGGGCUCGAUUUUAAUCCGAAUAUGACAAGAAAUGCGCCGUUGGUGGAUGCCUGCGUCAAAUUUUUGGACCAUGACGAGUUCGUGUAUAACAUUAAUGUGGAAAAUCAUCAUCGUGACGCUGUUUUGGCAUUUGUCCGGAUUUUUAUGGCCCCCAGAUUCAAGCCGGGGGGACAAGAACGAUUUACGUUUGAGGAACAGAUUCCACUAUUUUUUACAAUGGAUGCCUUCAUAGAUAAAAUCCAACCCGGUCGAAACGUGCUCACCCGCCACUCCCAGAACUCAUCCCUGACCGCAGAAUGGCCCGAAUCCGUGCCGGACAUGAGGGACGACAUCGCCGCCGGCGUGGACGACAGGGUCAACUGCGAAUGCGACUACCCGCACCAUCUCCUCCUGCCCAAAGGUCUCGAGGGCGGUAUGACCUUCGACCUCUUCGUCAUGAUCACGGACGCAUCCCAAGAUUACCUCGCCCCCUCGGAAGAUUCCUCCAUGUCGCAAUGUGUCCCGUCCUAUAUCCACUGCGGAAUUAUGGGGCAAGCUUAUCCCGACAAAAAACCGAUGGGUUAUCCGUUCGACCGGAAACCACUCUUGCUUCCGGUCCAGCAAUAUGGAGGAGGUCAACAAGGUGUCCAGUAUCGACCUCCCCCCACGAUCGAGUCGUGGGUCGCGCUCGUACCGAACAUGGCGUCCACGCAGGUCGCCGUGAUUCAUCGGAAUGUUCAAGUGGGAAGGAUGUAAUUUAAUAAAGGCAGAAAUUUCCUGAUGUGACCUUUUUUUACUAAAAAUUGUUGAAAUUUUAUGAAAAAUAGAAAAAAACAUAAAAGUAAAGUAUUUUUUAAUUUAA